CUUGUUUUGGGAGGGGGGUUGGGUGGUAUGUAAAAUUGAACUUAAAACACGAAUGUGAAAGUGUUAUAUUUGUUUGGAAACAUGGAUACAAUUUCACACUUAGCUGUGGCCCAUGCGACUUCGGCGAUGAUGAUUUAUGGUGCCAUCAAUUACUGUUUAGCCGAUCGCAUCCGUUGGAUGGAGCAAGCACAGCUUCUGGUUGCCAAGGGAAACCGCACGCGCAACAUCUGUUUUCCAUUUUGCGGUUUUUGGGACGACGUUAUUUGGUACCAAUGGAGUUUUAAUAGUUCUUACCAAAUAGGAUGUUUGAUAUAUACAAAUUCCUUCCAUCCUUGAACUAAAACCAAAGUACACAUGCACGAUGAUCAAAAGUUGAUAAGUUUCUUCAAAACUUUCAGUCAAGGUUUACUAGAUAUUUUGCGCCAAAUAUUUGACAGUUCCGCAACCGAAAACCGAUUACCGCCAACUUCAUCGUGAAGUAUAGUCGCGCAUUCGUAACAAAGCAAUCUUCACGUGGCGAGGAAUACGAAGCGCGGUGUGUGUACGAAAUGGAUCAGCAACCAAACGACCUAGUGUCAGCGGUUGAGGAGUGGACAAAACUCCUCAAAGUAUUUCAGUUCCAGCAGGAAAACAACAAUGUGUUAAUUGCAAACUAUUUAGUUCGCGAAGGCUACAAGGAAGCGGUGGAAACAUUCAUCCAGGAGUCCAAUGUGAAGCCAACGAUUAGCAUGUGCUCUCUAGAGGUCCGUUUGCAUAUAAUUGAAUUGAUUCGCAAGGGAAAUACUUUGGAAGCUGGUCAGGUGGUCGAACAAUUCUUUCCCGACCUGUUGGCAGCAGAUCAUUUGUUAAAGUUCCAGCUGGUACUGCUGCAUGUGAUCGAGUUGAUCCGGAUGGGAUGUACCGAAGAUGCUCUGUUCUUCGCUCAAACGCUACCAUAUGAAGCUGGAAAACACUUGCUGAAAGUGACCCACGACAUUGAACGCACGAUGAUGCUUCUGAUCUAUGAUGAUCCGCUCACAUGUCCGUUUGGUGCAUUGCUGGAGCAAAGCCACCGCGAGAAGGUAGCGCACGCGUUCAAUGAGGCAAUCCUUAAGCGAACAAACGAAGGACUACCUUCGGCGGAAUUAAACCACCUGCCCAAGAUGGUGCAAUGGUGCCAGAACGAAUUAAGUAAGGGAAAAAUUCAAUUUAUUCCAAUGGAAAACUUCGCUACCGCUACGCUAGAGCUAGAGUAAAAGAAACUCCGCAGCACAUAAAUGAAUUCUUGAAACAAGAAUGUUUAGCGCAAACACGCUUGAAUUGAAUGUCAUAAUCAACGAACGCCGGCCUACUAAUGAUAGACCAACAGAAUUCCCAUGAGCCUAAUGACGUUCGAGCAUCAAAUGUUCCAGUUUUUUUUCGGUGCGGUAUUGGUGUUAUCAACGUAACCUAACAACCGGACGAGAGAGAAAAAUAAAGGGCUGAAAGCGAUUAUUGUAUUUUUUUUCUGUACCGUAUUUUCUUCUUUUGGUUGUAUUCAGUAUUCUCGGUUGAUUUCUACUUACAAUACCCAAAGGAAUGGAAGAGUUAGUUGUUAUUCUAAAGAUUUACAACCAUUCGCGAAGUGUGUAAUGGUCAGCAGAACAUCGUACAGAUAGAGAAUAACUGGUAACCUUUUCAACACAGUUUCAUUUUGAGGCCAAUCAGUUUUAAUCGAUUGAAGUAUCGCUCCUUCAGUGAAGGUUAACGGCGGCGGCGGCGCUUGCCACACUUAAACCAGCGGACAAGAUAAUAAGCCUUUGUCCUUCAAUGUCCACGGGUAUUACGGAAUCAAUUCGCAUUGAUACGGUGUAAAUAAACCGCAACUUAUGCUUGUGUAUUAGAUUGGGCCAAUAACAUUUGACGGCCUUCUUGAACAAACCAGUCGUCGGUGUAUCAGAAACUUUUGAACAAAUUAUUUUUUUUUA